CCAAUAUUGAUUCAUAAAGCGAACAACUACUCUAUGAAGUUGCAUCGCCCCUCGACUCGUUGUUUCCACCUCUACCCUCGGCGUGACAAUAUGAUGGAUUGACUAACCUACAUUGCUGAGGCUGGCGCUAGCUCGAUUUAGCCGGCUACGUUGGGCACUCGAAACUUACCAUGAACCGUCUUUCGGCUUUGGAACAGCAGACCACCACAGUUGGAAUGAAAAUGGAGCUCACGUUGCGGCAGCUUGAUCGCUGCCUGUUCUGAUACAUCAGGAUGGCACACUUCAGCAGGUACUCUAGGUGGAAGGCUCUGACUGCAGCGGCAGAGAGCUGUCUAAUAAAGUGGAGCAAGACGUUCAGGGCGACGCUGCGGGUGUUGCGAGAGCGGCCCCGCAUCCUGGUGCUCCCGAUCCUGGUGUUCGCAGCGCUGCUUGCCAGCGGCCUGGCAAGCGUGCUAACAGCCUCACAAGUCGCCGUGCACAAUGCUAGGGACCUGGCAUCGAAUGGGAUUGGCAGCCAGGUGGCGCUGUCUCUCGAGGAAGCGCUGCUGAUCGCCACGUUUGGCUCGGAGCUGCUUGCCGCGGUCACCAGCAGGCUGGCCGACUGCUCCGUGCUGGCGGCGCAGUGGGCGGACCUCAGCACGGACAUCAUGAGCCGGGUGGACGGCGAUGUGGUGAAGCAGCUGGAGCUCGACUUUGCGGGGGUCAUCUGGAAGACGUGGCCGCCGCUGGAGGGCGAGCUGGCCGAGAUCCUGUACGGGCGGGACCUGCUGCGGGAGCCGGACGACAGGACCGGCAUGAUCUACAUGCUCAAGGAGCGCCGCACCCUGAUGCUGGGCCCCUACAACUGCCGCGCCGGCUUCAAAUGCGGCUUUGUCGUGACGCCUGUGUUCCUGCCCGCGCCGAGUGAGGCCUACGACUGGGGCUGUGGGCUGCAGCCCUACAACUGCAGCGACCUGUGCUGGGACCCAGUCAACAAGACCAAGUUCCACUCGCAGGUGUCCACCAUGAUCAACCUGGAGCCGCUGCUGACCGGCACAGACGCCCGGCUGCAGUCACUCGCCAGCAGGGGCUACCUGUACAGGCUGUGGCAGGCCAACACGUCCCCCUCCAACCCCUACUUCCUACUGGGGAACAGCUCCCGACUGCCGGUCGACCCCAUGACAUUGCCCAUCUCGAUCUACAACGUGCAGUGGUACCUUGAGAUUGCGCCGGCCGCUGGCUGGGUUCCGGCGUGGCGCGGCCCGUGUAUCGCGGUUGUGGUGGUGGGCUCUGUGGCGAUAUCGCUGCUGGUGCUGUGGCUGCUGGUUUCCAAGGAGCAGCACAACCGGCUGCUCAAGGCAAUGCUGCCGGGCAAAGUCAUCAAGCAGCUGCAGGCCGGCGAGAACACCAUUGCCCAGGAGUACAGCGACGUCACUGUGCUGUUUAGCGACAUUGUGGGCUAUACGACCGUGGCCUCCCAGCUGUCGCCUUGCCAGGUGGUGACGCUUCUUAACGAGCUGUUUGGCAUGUUUGAUGAGCUCACGCAACGCAACGGCGUGUACAAGGUCGAGACCAUCGGAGACGCCCUCAUGUGUGUUGCGGGUUGCCCUGUGCCCGACGACGCGGUCCGCAAUGCGGUGCGUGCGGCAAACAUGGCGCUGGACAUGGUCAAAGCCGUGGAGCAUUUCAAGCCGUCGCUGGAGGGCGUGCGCGUGCAGAUUCGAGUGGGCCUGCACUCGGGGCCGGUGGUGGCGGGGGUAGUGGGCAAGAAGAUGCCGCGCUUCUGCCUGUUCGGCGACACCGUCAACACCGCCUCGCGCAUGGAGAGCUCCUCACUGCCGAUGCAGAUCCAGGUAUCAGACGCGACCGCCACGCUCCUGCGCGGUCGCGGCGAAGAUUUUGUGCUGGAGCCGCGUGGGAUCAUUGACAUCAAAGGCAAAGGCGCCAUGGAGACAUUCUUCCUGGCUGCGGGCGCCUCGCCGCUGCCCCGCGGCAAGUCAUUUCUGGCGGCGCUGCAGCGGCCGGCCGCGCUAGUGGUGCGGCCGCCACCGCAGCCUGCAAAGCUGCAGCACGCCAUUGGCGCCGGCAGCGGUGCCAACGGCUCCUACUCGGACCUGCUCCGUGCCGCCACCUCGGGCGGCCGGCGAAGCGGCGACCGGCACAGUGCUGAGGACCGAAGCAGCGGCAAGGGCAGCAGCAGGAUGAUCUACAGCGGCGGCAAGGGCGGCAGCCGGGCCCUAGCGGACGUGUCGGAGGAGGGGAUGGCUUUGUCGGGUGCCGCGGCUGUCGGCUCGCAGUCAUCGAAGCUAGUGGGCACAGAUGCCCACGCGUCCGACGUAAAGGCGUCGUCGUUUGAGAUGCGGCCUGCAAAAGCUUCUUACCAGGCUGACGGGAUCUUGGCAGAGGUCAGUGGCGACGGCGCAGUCGGCGGCGGGGCCGCUGCAACCUCCUGGCCGUCGCCAGCAGCGCCAGCCUACGGCUGCGGAAGCGCAGAGCCCAGUCCGGUGCACCGGCCCUUGAAGCGGAGAUUCCUGGACGGCAGGGCCGCUGUGGACUGCUCGCCACGAGAGCCCGCCGCACACAGUGGUGUGGCAGGCGUAGACGCUGGGACAGCAGCCGGAGGUUCAGGAGCAGAAGCAGGAGCUGUAUUUGCACCACCUAGCUUUGCUGAAGGGCUUGGGGAGGAGGUGGGCGUGACGGCCGUGCAUGCCGGCGGCUCAUCAGCCACACCUGGGCUGCAUCGGCUUGCCGUGCAUUCGGGAAACAACCCACAUGGUCCCCGGGGAGGUGUGCGCAGCCCUGCCGGUGCUGCGCCGGACGUGGCAGCCGACGACUGGGCGACUCGUAGCCACGCGCAGGACCCGGAACCGGACCAUCAGCGGCAACAACGGCCCAAGUCGUCGUUUGCUACGCGGCCGCAUGCCGCUCUGCGGGCAAUGGCUGAUGCGGCGAAGGCCCAGGCAAAAACCGACAGCGCCGUUGCAGUAGUUUGGAGAAGGCCUGCCGCUGUUGCGGCCGCAGCGUGCGUCGCCGGGGCUAGGGGCGUAGGUGCGGCCGGCUCUCUCAGGGCCACCCGCCGGCUUCAGGAUGACGAAACGGUGACCGCCGGAGACGCGACAGCAACGGUGACUCCGCCAGCAACAGCAGCAGCAAGGGCCCAAGGACAGGCGGGAGAGCUCGACGCCGAGCCUCUAUGGAGCGCGCACUCUUGGUCACGGCAGCUGACCGCCGAGACUCCACACGCUGCGGACGCGCGGAGCGUUAGCAUGCGACAGGCGCUCCGUGGCUUGUUCCGCAACCUGACGAGCGGCCGGAGCUCUGAGGCUGGCAGCGGCAGCGCGACGCCGCACGCGCCUCAUGCCGCGACUGCUGCCGCGCCCGCGCAGCCGCCCAGCUCUCAACGCCGUGUGCGUGCGCUCUGCCACUCGAGCAGCCUGGAUCUCCUACAGUCCGCAACUCGCAGCGCCGCUGCCACCGAGCCGGGACAGGCGGCGAUAGGCCAACUCGCGUCGCUUGGGAGCGGCUCCGCGACGCCUACUCGCAUCUUCCCGUUGGGAAGCGGUGAUCGAUCCCGAGGGGUCAGUGGGGCAUUCCAGCUAUUGCCGCAGACGGCCCUUGCAACCUCUGUGGGGGCCCGGACGCCAACCACAAGGCCCAGCACCGAGACAGGAGUUGUUUCCGUCGCUGUGGCCACACAUGGGCAGCAGCACUAGCAGCCGCAGCUGGCUCUGGGAGCUACCUGGUCUGGUCUGGUCUGGUCUGACGGCGGUCACGCGAUGGGGAUGUAAGUGGCAUGUGCCGCCAUGAGCAUGUAUGUGGCGAUGUCGCAGUGCGGCUGAGAAAUGUUUGGUGGCCACAAGCCCUCUGCUGGUUGCGGUCGGGCUCCCAUGUUACGUCAAAGAGCGACCAGCACACAUUGACCCAAGACAGGUCGUUAACGAAUGUGGGGGCAGCCGCCAAACAAUAGGUGGAUGCAAGUACGCUCGGUGCCGACAACAGUGCCUUGCGAGUGGUUGUCGAUAUGUCAUGCUCGCUGUUGAUAAUUGGGAAUGUUAGACUGAACUGUUCGGCAUUUGAUUGUGCGCGCGUUUGUGCCACAUGCAGCGUGGCAGCAUUAAUGUGCGGGGAACGUUGUGGGCGUCAGGGACUAGCCCGCUUGUGGAAGGCCAUUCAGUUGGAUUGCAUUGCCCUAAGACUACAGAUGGUAACGCUGCAAUUGUGACUGCCGUUGAGGCGUGUGCAAGCGCUUGCGUACCCACCGUUUCACCCAUCACAACCGCCGCAUCUAAGCCUGCACACCCAUCUACUCACACUCCAUGCCAAGCAUUUCACUGGGGUUGUGACCCGUCGGCGGGCCUUAGCAUGCAUAUCCACAGCUGGAUUGGGGCAUGGCUUGCGUUUUGACGACAAGGUUACCGGUAUCCGCUUUGUAGUGGGCACCGGUGGUGCGCGGAGUGUUACUGAGGCCUUCGCCGUGUGGCACGUGCGUGUGCGCACGCCGCGUUGUGCAACAACGGUCGUUGCGGACGGGUGAAGGUGUAAACGUUGAAUGCCAACUGACAUUACCGAUUGUUGCCCAAAACCUGAAUUGAUAAUGCCGUCUGUGAUGAGAAUGUGGGGGUUGGGUCAGCCGAAGGGCCAAACUGGGGCUCGGUUGCCGAGGACCGUUAAGGUGCGGUCUGGUGGCGGGCAAGUGAGCGAGUGUUUUGCGUCUAAUGUCAUCAUGGGAUGGUCUGGCGCCCCUUUCUCCAUACACUCCUCCGCCCUCAACUGGUACGGACUCAGCAAUGAUUGUUGAUUGUGUCUGAAAACCCUCCACUGUCCUAGAACAAUCCCAAUACGCUGCUGGGGCGAAAUGGGCAGCGCUGCUGGGAACCCUGCACUGUUUGCGGGAGCAUUCCCUCGGUUGGGAUGUUGUGGGCUCGGUUGAGGGUGACCGUUUUGGCCUGCCAUGUUUACCGUAAUGUGCGCAUUUGACGUGAGGCAGGGGUUGCUGAGGGGCUGAGGGCUGAACGGCUGAUGCAUUAUCAGAUACAUGGAUUCGCUGUGUGGUGAGCGUGCGUGUCUCGUACGUUUUUGGGGCCCUGGCUUAGUCCACAGCUGGCGUCCUGAAGCCACGCCUUCACCGCCUUACUGACUAGAC